CGUCAAGCUAAAGACUUGAAUCGUUAAUUUUCUUAUAAAGAAACACUUCUUCCGCGCUUUCAUGUACUUAAAUAAUGCAUUUGAGCUUUUUGUGACGAUCUUAAGUAUUUGGGUGAUUAGUAUAUACAUGUAAAACACCAAACAAGGUGUUAAUUUGUAGUAGAUAGCUUGCAGGCUAACCCUCUCCGUCACGUUUGCAGAUUAAAGGAUGGCCACCCCGGAUGUCCGGCUAAAUCAUACUAUCUACAUCAACAACCUGAAUGAGAAGAUCAAGAAAGAUGAGCUGAAAAAGUCGCUGUACGCCAUCUUCUCACAGUUCGGACAGAUUUUGGAUAUCCUGGUGGCACGAAACAUAAAGAUGAAGGGUCAGGCCUUUGUUAUCUUCAAAGAGAUUAACAGCGCCUCCAAUGCGCUGAGAUCCAUGCAGGGCUUCCCCUUCUAUGAUAAACCGAUGCGCAUACAGUAUUCAAAGACUGACUCUGACAUCAUAGCUAAAAUGAAGGGGACUUACGUAGAGCGUGACCGCAAAAAAGAGAAGAAGAAGAUCAAAGGACCCGAUGGCACUGGACCAAAGAAGGGUGUAGCUGGUGCAGCCAUGGUCGCUGGUGUGCCUGCCGCUAUGCCUGGAAUGCCUCCAAUGAGCCAGGCUCCCCGUAUGAUGCACAUGCCUGGCCAGCCACCUUACAUGCCCCCUCCAGGCAUGAUGCCACCUCCAGGGAUGGCACCUGGCCAGAUGCCCCCUGGUGCCAUUCCUCCUGGUCAGAUGAUGCCUGGGCAGAUGCCUGGACAAAUGCCCCAGCAGGUUGCAGAAAAUCCCCCCAAUCACAUCCUCUUCCUCACCAACUUGCCGGAGGAGACCAACGAGCUCAUGCUGUCCAUGCUCUUCAACCAGUUCCCAGGUUUCAAAGAGGUGCGUCUGGUCCCCGGACGCCACGACAUCGCAUUUGUGGAGUUUGAGAACGAGGUGCAGGCCGGAGCUGCACGAGAUGCACUACAAGGCUUCAAGAUCACACAGACGAAUGCAAUGAAGAUUUCAUUCGCUAAGAAAUAAGCUCUCAGGAAGGGUGGUCUUUGUUUUUUAAACUUGCAGUAAAUCUGACUGUGAUUUAUUCUUAGAAAUUGACUUUCAGGGUUGCACGUAAGUAUGUGUCAAGCUGGUGUCUUUUUUUUUUUUUUAGCUUUACAUCAAAAUCCACAAGCAGCUUGAUAUGUCUUCUAUAUUUGUCAUAAAGCAUUGCACCCAGAGUCUGGUUUACCAGACAUUGUACCUGGAGCUUUUCUUUUUCUUUUUAUAAAUAAAACUGUUCUAAGAA